CAGAGACUUUGAUUUGUCGAAAACUGUGGGAAUUACAGCAGUGCUCACUUACUACCAAAAUGCUGACCAUUUCUUGUUGUAUUUUAUGCGUACGGUUCACACGCAAAGCGACUGCAGAUAUUUUUACUGAAUGUUGCUCGUGCCUAUUUUGCUUCGUUUUUCUUUAAUUUAGUCAGAAGUAGUUUUCUGUAAUACUACGACGAUGCGGUGGACACUGGCGGCAAGUUUCCCGUGUCUAAUGUGGAUUACUGGGGCGUUUUGCUCUCCAUCAGACGACCAACUGCUGUUGCUGAACGACAUCAUCUGGGACGACGAGGACAGCAGCGGAUACCGUCAUUUCGUGUCCGCAAUGGGCUACCUCUCACCGGACGGCUACUGGCCCAACAACGGACAGGAUAUUCCAUACGAAUUGAGGGGAUUCAAUGACGGGGAAAGGAAGAUCAUCGAAAAAGAAAUUUCGUCCAUAGAAUGGCGGACCACUAACUGCGUGACCUUUAAAAAGCGCACAACCGAACAGCAGUUCAUUUCCAUUGCACGCAUAAACGGAUUUACAGCCGUAUGUCAAUCGGGAAUUGGGCGCAUUGACGGCCGAGAAACCCGUGUGAGGCUGCAUCCGGACUGUUUGACACCGGGCAUCAUCCAGCACGAGAUCAUGCACGCUCUAGGAUUCCUCCAUGAGCACAGUCGGCCGGAUCGCGACGAGCACAUCCGCGUAAUUCCCAGCAACAUGAAACCGCUGGUCCCGGCCAUGGACUACCAGAUAAUGACGAGAAUGGCCACUUUUGGCCUGCCGUAUGAUGAGGAGUCGCUGAUGCACUACGGCUUGGAAGUGGCCGCAGACCGCUACAAACCAGCUUUUGUAUCCAAGGCUGGUACGCCGUCGCGCUGGAUGGGUCAGCGAUUUGGCCUUAGCACACUAGAUGUGGCUAAACUGAAGGCGGCGUAUAACUGCUCGCGUAAAAAUGUUGUACAGGUACCGAAUCGCGACGUCUGCGUGACUGGUGCAACCAACACUGCAAAUGCAGAGAACGAAGACGCAGCCGUUAACGAAUACAACCCAGGUACGACAUUCUUAUAUCCCGUACCGAGCAUCGACGAACAGCCAUUCACGCCAGAGCAGUGUGAGCGGCAGUUCUCGUCCCACUGCAACGUCUCCUGGCGGCACAACGUUAACGAUCCAAAUCGCUGCAGUACGGAUCACCACUCCUACGCCGUGGUAUGCCACACCGGCGCUGCCACGAAAGAAGAGCUCCUGGCCACCUUCCGUCGCAUGUCACAGCCGCCGGCGCGUUUUGCUGCUCUUCAUCUGCACGAUUCGCCACACAUUACCGCGCAGACGCUGCAGCCAUUGCGCUUUCAGAUCCUCGAGUUCUCCAUGCUGUUCUGUCACACCAAUCGCAUGACAGGGAAACUGCGCGGAAUGGCGCUCACCAACAUGAUUGCGUUUGGAGCUGACCGGUGCGAACAGGGUCUGGCAAUACGCAGCCUGGACUUUAGCACAUCCCCGAAACUGCGCGUAGUUAAAUUCCAGAGAUGCGUUAUACAGUCGGUGGAGGUGGACAGCUUUUCGUAUUUGUUGGAUCUACGUGUUAUGACUCUGGAAUUCGGAGCAUCCCCGGUUGAGAUCAAGAAGCAGCAUUGUGACCCGUGUUUUGCGUGGUAUCGGCAGUGGUUGUCCAGGAACCGGUUUCUCACCCAGAGACGACGCUGGGGCAGUGUCUACAAGACCAACCGCGAAAUGAAUCGCGGCAUGUGGAGCCAGGGAUUUGAACCUAGUGAUCUAUAUCGGGCGGAUGUUACAUGUGACUGACGCUUAGCUCUCAGCCGAACAAAAUGCUGCCUUAGUCGUAUCCUGAGAAUAAAUUAAAAUUAAAUCAAAAACGCCCUUCGUAUUACUUAUGUACCGCAUGGCAAUCGCUUGCCACGCUUGAUAUUUUGAUGGCGUUGGCA